AACGCUGCCGGAGUUUCUCCUCAGCCGCCUCAACCAAGCAAGAUUAGAAUCAAAUAAGUGUAUGAUGGCUGGUUACAUUGUUCGACGAGCAUUUGGAUGCAGAAAUUUGUUUCGCCUCCCAACUUGUGCUCUACAUGUUUGUGAAAAUUCCCCUGUUAAAUUUUGUAUGACUGAUGAUACCACUAGAGCUGUCAUUUCUCCGCCGAUGCCUAAUUUUAUCGUUGAAAGUCGUAGAGCCUUUGCCAAAGGCCGAAAGUCAAAGGAUGAAGGGGGUGUUAGUACAGCUGAAGUUCCACCAAACGUUGGCCCUAAUAUUAAGGCAAGUGCUUCCUCACAGAUGGAGGCUGCGAUGACUGCAUUAUCUGUUGAACUAAGCAAACUACGAACAGGAAGAGCAUCUGCAGGAAUGCUUGAUCACAUUAUUGUAGAAACUGGUGGUGUCAAGAUGCCUUUGAGUCGGAUUGCUCUUGUUUCAGUCCUCGAUCCAAAAACCUUAUCUGUUAAUCCUUAUGAUCCAGAGACACUUAAACAAUUAGAGAACGCCAUUGUUUCAUCUCCACUGGGAUUAAAUCCUAGAACAGAUGGUGAAAGAUUGAUUGCUGUCAUCCCACCAUUGACCAAAGAGCAUAUGCAGGCUAUGAAUAAGUUGGUGACUAAAUCUUGUGAGGAUACUCGGCAAAGCAUUAGAAGAGCUCGACAAAAGGCAAUGGAUGCCAUUAAGAAAUUGAACUCCAUUCUUCCCAAGGAUGACUUAAAAAGAUUGGAGAAAGAAGUUGAUGAUUUGACAAAGAAAUUUAUUAAGACUGCGGAAGAUGUAUGCAAGGCAAAGGAGAAGGAAAUUAGUCAAGGUUGAGAUGUAGUGUUAUUCUAGAUUUUGCUGAGGCUUCACUGCUUGUUCUCAAUUAAUCUGCUGGGGCCUGGGAUUUUAUCUGGUCUAAGCUAGACUGAGUAGAGAAUCAUUUAACUAGUCAUUAUAUUUAUAGACUAUGUGUUAUUAUAGCAAUAUUUGAAGAUAAAAAAGAUAAAUCUCAUUAGUGCAAUGCUGCUAUGUAAUAUCUGAUCAAACAUCUUUUGUUUAUGCUAUUCCCCUUGUUGGUCCAAAUUUGUGAAUGUUCUGUUCUGUUCU